AUGGUGGCCGGAAGUUCGAUUCAGCCGCGCUUAAUCUCCACUUUCCUUACCGACGGCCGAUUGAUCCAAUCGAAAUCUACUCGUUCACUUCAGCACAUCUACAAGUUCAACCCAGGAAAAGGCCAUGUGUCUAUGCAAAUGUCAAGGACAUUUUCCGGAUUGGCCGAUUUAUUAUUUAACAAAAGGCAUGUUUCCCAUUCCAUAAAUACAGAAGAAUCUGCAGAUGGCAAACGUAAGCGUUUAAAGCCCGGGAAAGUAUCUCCCCGUCGGCCAGUUCCCAGUCACAUACAAAGACCUCCGUAUGUUGAUUCUGAGAUACCACCUGGAAUCGGGAGUAAGCCUGAAAUACACGACGAGAAGGGGAUAGAGUGCAUGAGAGCAUCAGGAAAGCUUGCUGCCCAAGUUCUUCAGCAUGCUGGGACUCUGGUGAAGCCAGGUAUCACAACCGAUGAAAUUGAUCAAGCAGUUCAUCAAAUGAUUAUCGACAAUGGCGCAUAUCCAUCUCCUCUCGGUUAUGGUGGCUUUCCAAAGAGCGUUUGCACAUCGGUGAACGAAUGCAUUUGCCAUGGAAUCCCGGAUUCACGUGUCCUAGAGGAUGGCGACAUUAUAAAUAUUGACGUUACAGUUUAUCUUAACGGUUAUCAUGGUGAUACAUCAGCCACUUAUUUUGUUGGAGAGGUUGAUGAAGAGGCCAAAAACUUAGUAAAGGUAACUAAAGAAUGUCUGGACAAGGCAAUAUCUAUUUGUGCACCUGGAGUUGAAUAUAAACGAAUCGGGAAGGAAAUACAGGACCUUGCUGAUAAGCACAAAUAUGGAGUCGUGGAGCAGUUUGUUGGCCAUGGAGUCGGAAAAAUGUUCCACAGUGAUCCCGUGAUUCUUCAUUACAGGAAUAAUGUUCGUGGGCGGAUGUUGUUGAACCAAACUUUCACCAUUGAACCAAUGCUGACAAUGGGCAGCAUAAAGGCUGUUAUGUGGGAAGACAAUUGGACAGUGGUAACUCGGGACGGGAGCCUUUCGGUUCAAUUCGAACACACCAUCUUGAUCACAAAGGACGGUGCCGAGAUUCUUACACAGUGUUGA